AAGCAGUGGCUAUCAACGCAGAAAAAAUACCGCGAAGAAGACAGCGUUGAAUUGUACCUAGUGAUCAAAGAGUUCUACUUUUAUACACUUAUUUGUAUUAUAUUUUUCACAUGGGAAAGGCUGGUACACUUUAAACUACGAUGCUAUUUUUGUGAAUUCUUUCAGUAUGUUCAAUAACAAUGACAGAACAGAUAAGAUGAAUAGAAAGACUGAACGCAAGCAAUGGUACGAUCGACCACUGGAAAAAUCACAGUCUGAACUGUUUUGGGAAAUUUGCGAUGCAAAGAUGUAUUUCAAAGAAACAAUAUCCAAUCCCACUGUUUUGUGGAAGCUUGCAAUCAUACAAAAUGAGGAAAACGUUGAUAUGUUUCGUGAUACAAGGAGCCAACCAAAGAUGAAGCAAUCGCAAGGUCUAAGGUCUCUCAACUCAGAUGGUCGUAUAAAAAAUCAUAUUGUUCUCAUUACCAACGGGAGCAAAUUUUUUAAAGAAAGAUUUCUAACCAAUGAUUACAAAGUAAAAGAAAGUGUGCAUGAAAAAUUGGAAAGUUUUUCAUGGCUUUGUGGCGAUUAUGGUGUAGCUCGUCCGACCAAUCAAAUGCCAUAUCUUCAUUUGUUUCUUGAAGUCGACCAAUCAAAGAAAGAUAAUAAACUUUUGAAACAAGAAAUUGAUGAAAUAUUUGAAUGGAAUGCUUCAAAAUAUAUCGAAUUACGUUUUAUCAACCCAUCUGACGAAAUUAUAAUUUAUCCGCUUUCGAAGAUGGUUCAAUCAAAGCGUGAUAAUGCGUCCAAACCAUCCUGUGGAACGUUGACUCUGUUCUGCUGCAAAGAUGGAAAACAUUACGCGUUGACUUGUCUACAUACUGGAUAUAAAAAUUCUCCCGAAAGCGAAAAUAAGUUCUUGUACAUUCAAGACGAAAUAAAUAAUAAUAAAAGGGAUUUUGAGGAAUUUAUGCACGAAAACAAAUAUUCGUACAUUCAUAACGAUGGCAGAGAAAUAGCUCUUGGCGAAUUUUCGCAUUACUCAUUUGAUCAAGAAACCGAUAUAAUGGCCAUCCUAGUUGAUAAUAAAGAAAUUGAAUUCACUGCAGCUAAAAUAGAGAUAUCACGUUCUCUAGAGAAUGUGUUUGAGUUGCUGUCAGAGAGAGAAAACGAUGAGCAACAGACACCUGUUUAUAAAGCUGGCGACGAUGUCGGCGGGAGCAUUGUUGACCUCAAUCGUACCGUACGUUACAAGGGAAAAAUAGUGUUCCGUGACGUGGUGGCUGUAGAAAGUGAUCACGAAUUUAUUCAGCAAAGUGACUCGGGAUCUCUGGUUUAUUUUAGUGAUAAGAACAACAAGAAGAUACCGUUUGCAUAUGCUGUUGCUGUUGCGUCCAGAAAGAACAAGAAGUACUAUGCUUGCCUGAGACUAAAAGAUGCUUUGGAUAAAUUAGGACUUCUCCAAAAUGCCAGUUUCAAGGACUUCUGCGUGUGAAACAAUGAAAUUGUUGCAUACAUGCACUUAUUUAACAUUUCAAAUUUUUGCUCUUAGUACUUGUACAUUCAUCUAAUAUUUUUGCAUGGCCAAUCUAGCGUAAAGCAAAAUAAAGUGUAGAAGCAAGAUUUUAUUCUAUAGUCGAUAUCAUUGUUAUAAAAAUGAUUCGCAAUGAUCCUCUACUACAUAAGAUUCCUAAAUUCAAAUACAAAUUUAAAAGCACCUACCAA